GCCCCCCUCACCUCUGAAGCUCCCUCACUCACUCCCCUGCACUUCGGUUACCUCUUGCGUCCUGCGGCUGCUGCCAUCCCUGUCAUCCAUCCCUCCUCCCCCUCUGCUGUAUAUAAGUUACCUCAGCCAAAACUCCUUUUUCACUCUCUCCACUCCACCUCUUUGCCAGCUCGCAUGUCCGUUUUCAUCCAAGCUCACAUCUUGGAUAGAACAGGGAAAUAUCCCGCAGAAUUCCAGUACAGUACCCAGAAGUAUAGGAAUUCUCAAUCCUCCGACAUUUCCUAUCAAUUUCCCGAAGGGAUUGCAUUUCGCGGAAGAUAAAACAUUUCUAAUUCCGUUUUGAGUUCCGUUUGAAACUCUCCUUCCGGACAUGGCGACAGCACCGUGGCUGAGGGUCAUUCUCACGCGCGACAAGAGCGUCGGCAAGGCUUUUAGCUCCUCUUCUUCCGCCGUCGUAAGCGCCGUCCCUUGCGGGCUCCGCCUCACGCCUCCUCUCGAAGCGUCUCCUCCUUCUGGAAAGGACGUGAUCGUCCGAGAGCGAUCGUUCGGCCACGAGAGGGAGGAGGACGAGCAGUGGCGGAUGAUGCUUGCAUCGGGGAGGGACUGAUGUUUAUAACGAGGAUUUUUCGCGGAGCGUGGGCCGUUCGAUGUCCCGUCGGCGAGAAGGAAGCAGGGGUACCUGCUUGUACUCGAUACAGGGCAUGAUGGUCAUGGGUUACCGCGAAGUGGUCCAGGGGAAACUCUGGAGUCGCAAGUAUGAAGAGAAGACAAAGAAACGCCUUACGUUUUCUCAGGGUGGAGAGGAGAUUAAAAGACUUGUGUAUAUCUUGUCUUGUACAGCAGGUUUCGUUCCUGUAUGCUAUCAGGCUCAAUAAUGGCCUGAGGGGUAAUUCGUUUUGCCAAGUUGUAGUGCAGCUUUUCAAGCCGUUAUGGGCCAUUUUCUGAAGGCUGCAGGUUUACAGCUUGCUGUGCUGCUUGGACUGUAUAGAUCUCAUGGUGUAAUACCAAUACACAAACGUGAUAUCUGCUCUAACGUUAUAAUUACUGUCUGGUGCAAUAUGAGCG